GGUCCAAAUUGCACAAUCAAGCAUGUUAUAAAACAGUCACCUCUGAUCAAAGUUUACCGCAACUGUCAUGUGACCGUUGAAAAUGCCUUCCACCUUCAACACCGCACAAGUCAGCAUACACCACCUGAUAUGACCAAGACAAUUCAGAAACUAGCUGCAUGGAUCAGAGAGAAAAGUCCUUACCCAUUCAAACAAGGCCGAGAGGCUAUAGCCUCUAUCACAGACAAGGUAGCGGACGGACUUGCAUUGAUGCACAUGACAAUAUUAACAGAUGAUGACGAGACUGAGGAUCACUUUGAGUUUGAGGCUGAGGACUUGUAUGAUGACUGA